AAACUCAUAUCGUUAUCACCAAUCAUCGUCUUUAAAAUGCGCCGCGAGCGAAUCGGGAGGCGCACAAAGGAAUCGGCGAGGAUCGAUCUCCUCCAUGGCCGCCUCCGAUGUUUUCGCCGCGCCGGCGACGGAGGGCUAUUGCUACAUAAGGCUUCCUUCGGAGCCGGAAAUCGCGGAGCUGCCGCCGAGAAUAUUUGACGAGUUACCCACCGCCGCGAUUGUCUCCGUCUCCCGACCGGACGCCGGAGAUUUCACGCCCUUGCUACUUUCCUACACCAUCGAGUUCCAGUACAAGCAGUUCAAAUGGCACUUGGUAAAGAAAGCCUCACAAGUUUUGUAUCUACAUGUUUCUUUGAAAAAGCGUGCUUUUUUAGAGGAACUUCAUGAUAAACAUGAACAGGUUAAAGAAUGGCUUCAAAAUCUUGGUCUAGGGGAGCAAGUGCCUUCAGUUCAAGAUGAUGAUGAAGCUGAUGAUAUAUCUGUUCUGUACCCGAAUGGGGAGAAUACUGCAGCUAAAAGCAGUGCCACCAAGAGAUUGACUAAUAGAGAUAUACCUUCUAGUGCUGCAUUACCGAUCAUCUGUCCAACACUUAGAGGGCAGCCCUCCAUUUCUGACAGGGCUAAAGUGGCUAUGCAGGGGUAUCUUGAUCACUUCUUUGGCAACCUGGACAUUGCAAAUUCUAAAGAAGUUUGUAAGUUUUUGGAGGUCUCAAGGCUGUCAUUUUUGCAAGAAUAUGGACCUAAACUCAAAGAAGGUUAUGCCACAGUAAAACAUUUGGCAAAAGCUCAAAAGGGUGAUGAUGUUAAAGGUUGUUGUCCAUGCCAUUGGUUUAGUUGCUGUAGUAGAAGCAAGCAACAGGUUUGGGCUGUGUUAAAACCAGGGUUCUUGGCUUUACUGGAAAACCCAUUUGAUACAAAGAUUUUAGAUAUAAUCGUUUUCGAUGUAUUACCACAUGCAAAUGGAGAAAAGGGAAGCCAAAUUCUUCUAGCGAGAGAAACAAAGGAACGUAAUCCUUUGCAUUCUGGGUUUCAGGUAUUCUGUGGGAGUCGUACAAUAAAGUUACAAAUGAGCAAUAAUGCAAAGGUUAAAGAGUGGGUUGCAGCAAUAAAUGAUGCUGGAUUGCAGCCUGCUGAAGGGUGGUGUAAUCCUCAUCGUUUUGGCUCUUUUGCGCCACCAAGAGGCUUACUUGAAGAUGAUAGCUAUGUUCAAUGGUUCGUUGAUGGCCAAGCUGCAUUUGAAGCAAUUGCUUCUUCAAUUGAACAAGCAAAAUCACAGAUAUUCAUAACCGACUGGUGGCUUUGUCCAGAGUUGUAUCUACGACGUCCUUUUAGUGUUCAUGACAGUUCCCGGCUUGAUAUUCUGCUAGAGGCCAAAGCUAAGCUGGGUGUUCAGAUUUAUAUUCUUCUCUAUAAGGAAGUGCCUCUUGCUUUGAAGAUUAAUAGUGUAUAUAGUAAAAGAAGAUUACUAGGUAUCCAUGAAAAUGUAAAGGUUCUACGCUAUCCAGAUCACCUGUCAACUGGCAUUUAUUACUGGUCCCACCAUGAGAAAAUUGUUACAGUUGACAAUGAAAUAAGCUUUAUUGGAGGACUUGAUUUGUGCUUUGGGCGCUAUGACAACUUUGAGCACAAAAUUGGGGACGUGCCUCCUUUUGUUUGGCCUGGAAAGGACUAUUAUAAUCCUAGAGAAUCUGAACCAAACUCUUGGGAAGAUACUAUGAAAGAUGAACUAGACCGUGAAAGAUAUCCUCGAAUGCCAUGGCAUGAUGUCCAAUGUGCUUUAUGGGGACCGCCUUGUCAUGAUGUUGCAAGGCACUUUGUCCAACGAUGGAAUUAUGCCAAGAGAAAUAAAGCUCUGAAUGAACAAACAAUCCCACUCUUGAUGCCUCAGCAGCACAUGGUUAUUCCACAUUACAUGGGAAGUAGAGAACCAAACCCUUACAUUGAGAAACAAAAUGUCUUCUCACAAGAUAUUACAAAGCAAUUUCCAUUUUCUCCAUGUCAAGAUAUUCCACUUAUUUCAUCCCUUGAACCUGAUGUGCUUUCAAAGAAUGAGGGUGAUGCUAAGGUUAAUGGAUUGAUCAGGACUGGUUUAUCUGAACAGCCAACCAGAUCCAGCCAAUGCCAGAAUAACUCUUUUCAAAAUGCAAACGUUGGACAAUCAGUUAAAGAUGUACAGAAGAAAGAAUUUGUUGAUGAUCUUAGUUAUCCCAAAGCUCGGAAAGAACAAAAUUUUAAUUUAAUAAACCAACCACCCAUUCAAAAUGUGGAGUGGUGGGAGACACAGGAGCGAGGUAGACAACUAGAAUCUACAGAUGAAUCAAGACAAGUUGGUCCAAGGACUUCAUGUCGGUGUCAAGUUAUCAGAAGUGUUGGUCCAUGGUCGGCUGGUACGAGCCAAACAGAAGAAAGCAUUCACAAAGCUUAUGUUUCUCUUAUCGAAAAAGCAGAACACUUCAUAUACAUUGAGAAUCAAUUUUUCAUAUCUGGACAUGAAGGAAACUAUAUAAUAAGAAACCGUGUACUUGAUGCAUUGUUUAAGCGAAUCAUCAAAGCAGAAAAAGAUAAUAAAUGCUUCAGGGUUAUUAUAGUUUUGCCCUUGUUACCUGGAUUUCAGGGAGGCAUAGAUGAUGCUGGUGCUGCAUCCGUACGGGCAAUCAUGCACUGGCAAUAUCAAACCAUUUGUAGAGGUUCUCAUUCAAUAAUUCAAAAACUUUAUGAUAGAAUGGGUCCUAGAGCCCAUGAUUUUAUUUCAUUCUAUGGACUUCGAACAUAUGGCAAGCUUUCAGACGGUGGUCCUCUGGUUACAAAUCAGGUUUAUGUUCACAGCAAGCUAAUGAUAGUUGAUGAUCGGGAGGUGUUGAUCGGUUCCGCUAAUAUUAAUGAUAGAAGCUUGUUAGGAUCAAGAGAUUCUGAGAUUGGUAUACUUAUAGAAGAUAAAGAAUUUGUUGAUUCACUCAUGAAUGGAAAGUCAUGGAAAGCAGGAAAAUUUUCCCUUACUCUUCGCCUCUCACUGUGGCUGGAACAUCUAGGACUUCAUUCUGGAGAGAUUGGUAAGAUUAGAGAUCCAGUCAGCGACACAACAUACAAUGACAUCUGGAUGGCCACAGCUAAGACAAACACCACAAUCUACCAGGAAGUGUUUUCUUGUGUUCCUAACGAUCAUAUUGACUCCAGAUCGACAUUCCGACAAAGCGCUAACUAUUUUAAAGAGAAAUUUGGGUACAUAACCAUUGAUCUAGGCGUUGCUUCAUCCAAGCUGGAGCCAAGUGAGGAUGCAGAGCCGAAAGACACCAACCCAACAAAGCAGUUACAGUCCGUGAGAGGCCACCUCGUAUCAUUUCCUUUGAAUUUCAUGUGCAAUGAGGACUUGAGACCUGCCUUUAGUCAAAGUGAGUUCUACGUGUGGCCUUUAGUUUUUCUUUAGCAUAUCUUCAUCUUUGUGCCUAUAAGUUCUCUCCCAAAGUAUGGUAUAACUGGGAUACAAGAAAUUCAAAUUCCUAGCCAAGAAUCCUAUUCAGGCUCAACCAUUUAUAUGCAAACUCCAGGUUCUCAGCCAUUCUUUCCUGGGAAUUCAGUUCUCUCCUACAGUUAUUUCAUGAAUAGGGUCAGCCAUUCUUUGUGAUAGCAAAUUUGUUUUUGCUAGUUCAGUUGAUUAGGAUCUCAGUUGUGAUAACAAAUUUCUUAGUCAUGUAGAAUUGAUUAAAGUGUAAAAAAAACCCUGAAAGGCUCAGCCACGUAGAACAAUUGUAAAAUGUAAUUUGAUUGUAUCUACGAUGGAUGCUUCUCAUUUAAAUUAUUC